AGCAGGUUUGUGAACCUGAACUGCAUUUGCCCUGCGAGCAGCAAGGUGACAGCAGCAGCCACAGCUCAGCGCCGAAUUCGGGGUGACCUGGCUGACACGAAGGGACCUGUCCCCAUCCAGGACGCCAUGGCAAGUGACACGGAGCCCUCCAACACCAUCAAACUGCUGCACCUGCUCUUCCUCUCCACCUCCUGGGGAAUGCAGGUGUGGGUGACCUUCGUGGCCGGGUUUGUGAUGAGCAGGCACCUCCCUCGCCACACCUUCGGCUCCAUCCAGCGGCAGCUCUUCCCCUACUACUUCCACAUCAGCUCCACCUGUGCCUUCCUCAACCUGACCCUGUUUGCCAUGUCCCACCCCAGCGAGCGCCUCGGCGAGCAGCACAUGACCCAGAUCAUCGUCUUCCUCGUCUGCGUCGCCGCCGCGGUGCUGAACACGCAGUGGUUUGGGCAGGUGGCCUCUGACUUGGUGGCCGAGCUGCAGCUGGUGGAGCAGAGCCAGGGGCUGGGGCAGGAGGUGGGGCUGGCAGCCAGCGAGCCCCGCAGGCAGCUCCGUGCCUCCAACCCUGGCUACAGGCAGCUGGCCCGGAGCUUCGCCCUCUACCACGCUCUGUCCUCGCUCUGCAACCUCCUGUGCAUCGUGUGCAACGGGCUGAGCCUCUACCACCUGGCUGGCCAGCUCUCUGCCCUCUGAGGGCACUGCCAGGGGAUGGUGGACAGUGCCCAGCCCCUGCUGCC